AAUACAAUCGUCAAGCCAUCGUGUAAUAUUCUUUUGCUCAAAACACCUCCAUCUCAGUCACGAAAUUAAAAUAGGAAUAAAUGGACUAGGAGGUGCGGGCUUCUGUGCACAUCCAGCACAAUUGCUACAAAUUAAAACAAUCUAAUCAGCCUAACAAACAAAAAAAUACUACUCGAAUUGCCAGUCGUUCCUUUUCUUUUCUUUUUUAGUAUGUUUUGCUUUUCUUUUGUCACCUUUUUCCGUCAGCUAAUUAAAUAUAUAAAUUAAGUCAUUUUCUCAAUUUUUCUCUUCUGGUUUUAUCUACUUUUCUUUAUCAUUAAUCUACAAUGCAAUUCAAAUCUGUUGUUAUCGCUUUAACUGCCGUCUCUGCCGUCUCUGCUGCUAACGCUUCCAACGGUACCAAUGGUACCAACGGUACCUCCAGCUCUUCUUCUGACUCUGGUGCUGGUGCUGUUGGUGCCGGUUUAUUCGGUGCUGCCGCUGCUGCUGGUGUUGCUUUAUUAUUAUAAGUUGAUUAAUUUAUAGACAACUCUUAAUAUACACUUAAUCUGUUA